AUGUCUGCUGCUGCAUCCACGGGUUCGCCUGUCCAGCGCCGCCCAUCUGGGCCUAAGAGUUCCUCGCACAGCGAGGGUAUGAAGCAUCCAGAUAAUACUGGAGCCCAGUUUGACCAGGCAAGUACAUAUUCACUCGGCCAAUAUUACCAGGAUUUAAAUUCCAUCACUGUUCUGACCACUUCGAAGUUGGCCAACCAGAACUGUUCCAAGAAGGCAAAGCUCGAGCAUGAGUCCUUCCCUGGUGCUCCGACCUACCCGAUGGACAAGCUUCUGGCAAAGCUGUCUGAGCAGCAAGCUGUCCUUCAUCAACAGAAUGAAAUCCUUAAGGCUUCUUCUAGUGAUAACACCUCGUUCCCUCGUGUCUCGGACCGCCAGUUGUCUGGCAGCCCUGCCCUGCCCACUCCGUCGACGGAGACAUUCGGCCCACCGACCCUGGUCCUUCGACCUGCCAGCAAGACUCCCAGCGAGAGCCAGGUAGACCCGGAUGAGCUCCUUCGUCUGAAACUCGAGCUAGCCCAGGCUCAGAACAAGAUCUCUCGCUUGGACCAGGAGCUGGCCCAUUCUCGGCUUGCCCAACAGGACAGUGGCGGCGGAACCCCUGUCUUCAACUCUGACCUGGACUUGCCCGGCAUUGCAACCGACUCCCGGGCCAAUCCUAGCCGGGCUGGGUCUGCCCAGUAUGAUGCUGCUCCGAGAGCUCCCUUCUCCCACGGUGGUCGGGCUGGCCAAGAUGAAUAUCGCUCGGAUGCCAAUGAUGUCAAUGCGACCGGAGGAUUCAACCGAGGCAAAGGAAUCUGGAACAACAAUCCGGCCUUCCAUAGUUUUGGCCAAGGCCUGGCUCCUCUGUCUGAUGGACCACAGGCCCCAUGGAAUGGUCACAAUACCCAGGGCUAUGGUGACCCAGCCCCGGGAUAUUGCCCCAGUGGCGUGGAAGCUUACCGACAAGUUCGGUUGACUGCUGACCACGACAUUUUGCGUCCGGCAACUGGGCGACGUGGCCAUAGACUUGACAACCGGUUCCCAUCCAACAGCGGUUUUGGGACUGGGUUUGGUGGAUACAACAUGGUUCCAGCCAACUAUGAGCCGACCCCAACCUUCCCGCAUGGAGGACCUUCAAACGCGGCAAUGUCCGGGCCUUGGUACCCAAACACUCUCUCUCCGCAUGCUGCCGAGUUCACCUCUGCAAACCAUACAUGGGAUGAGGUAAUCGCCCAAGCCCGCCUGGCUGCUGACCGGAGGCUAACUGCUGGUACCACCCAGCCCCUUGCUGCGGCGGAGGCGCAGACUUUCCUGCCCGCAAUGGAGCCGCUGAACUAUCGCCGCCUGCUCGACCGCAACGUGACGUGCGAUUGGAAAUACAUUGUGGACAAGAUCGUUUGCAACAAUGAUCAGCAGGCAUCCAUCUUCCUGCAGCAGAAGCUCAAGGUUGGCACUCCCGAGCAGAAGUACGACAUUGUCGAGGCCAUCGUGGCCCAGGCGUAUCCCCUCAUGGUCAACCGUUUCGGCAAUUUCUUGGUCCAGAGGUGCUUCGAGCACGGUACCCCCGAGCAGGUCAUCAAGAUUGCCGAGGCCAUCCGUGGUAAUACCCUGAACCUCUCAAUGGAUCCCUUCGGCUGCCAUGUGGUCCAGAAGGCCUUUGACUCGGUCCCCGAGGACUACAAGGCCAUCAUGGUUCACGAACUCCUGCGACGGAUCCCCGAGACCGUCAUCCACCGCUAUGCUUGUCAUGUCUGGCAGAAGCUCUUUGAGCUGAGAUGGUCCGAGUCGCCUCCCCAGAUCAUGAAGUAUGUAAACGAGGCCCUUAAUGGCAUGUGGCAUGAAGUCGCGCUUGGCGAGACGGGUAGUCUCGUUGUUCAGAACAUAUUUGAGAACUGUUUGGAGGAAGACAAGCGCCCCUGUAUCGAGGAGGUCCUCGCGAACAUUGACAUCGUUGCCCACGGCCAGUUUGGCAAUUGGUGCAUCCAGCACAUCUGCGAGCAUGGCGCCCCUGCUGACCGCAGCCGGGCUAUCGACCACGUCAUCCGCUACGCCGCCGAGUACAGCAUGGACCAGUUUGCUUCCAAGGUCGUUGAGAAGUGCCUCAAGAUUGGCGGACCCGAGUUUCUCGGACGCUACCUUGACCGUGUCUGCGAGGGCCGUGUUGGUCGUCCCCGCAUCCCCCUCAUCGACAUCGCCAGUGAUCAAUAUGGGAACUACCUGAUCCAGUAUAUCCUCACCCAUUCGAACCCGCAGCAUCGUGAGAUUGUGGCUGCCCACAUCCGCAAGCACAUGGUCUCGCUCCGCGGCUCCAAGUUUGGCUCUCGGGUUGGCAUGCUCUGCACCAACCAUGCUGUGGCUACCCGUCCCGGCCCUGGAGUUGGUGCUGCCAUGGGGGGGCCUCGGCCAGGCGGACGAGGUUCCACCAGAUGA